AGAUUAGAAAUUCCAAACAGAAACGUAUUUAUCUCCCAACCCACAUGUUGACUAUAUAAACUCCAGUCUCAUUGACAUUUUCAAUCUCAAACAUUUAAACAUACAACAUUGUUUUCUCAGUUUUGGUCUAUUUUUCAGUUCUGAGUAUCCACAACACAAAAAAAAACCAAGAUGAGUGGAGCAAAGGGCAAGGAUUCGAAGCAACCACAAGUGUAUGUUGGCUCAAUUGACCAAGGAACCAGCAGCACCAGAUUCUUAAUCUAUGAUCACUCAGCUCGCAUAGUUGGGUCUCACCAGGUUGAGUUCACUCAGUUGUACCCAGAAGCCGGAUGGGUGGAGCAUGAUCCAAUGGAGAUUCUGGAGAGUGUGAGGACUUGUAUUGCAAAGGCAGUGGAAAAGGCAACAAAGGAUGGCCACGACGUGCACAAAGGGCUGAAGGCAGUUGGGUUGACUAACCAGAGAGAGACUACUAUGCUUUGGAGCAAAACCACUGGUCGUCCUCUCCACAACGCCAUUGUUUGGAUGGAUGUUCGUACCAGUGCUAUUUGCAGAAAAUUGGAGAAGGAUUUGCCAGGUGGAAGAACUCAUUUUGUGGAGACAUGUGGUCUGCCCAUCAACCCCUAUUUCAGUGCAACAAAGCUUCUAUGGUUGAUGGAAAAUGUUGAUAAGGUUAAGGAGGCAGUGAAAGCAGGAGAUGCUCUAUUUGGAACUAUAGAUUCUUGGUUAAUUUGGAAUUUAACUGGUGGAUUGAAUGGAGGACUACAUGUCACUGAUGUCUCUAAUGCAUCAAGAACAAUGCUCAUGAAUCUUAAAACACUUGAUUGGGAUCAACCCACAUUAAAAACCCUAGGGAUUGCGCCUGGAAUUCUGCCCAAAAUUGUCAGCAAUUCUGAGGUUAUUGGAAAAAUCUGCAGUGGAUGGACAAUUUCUGAUGUUCCAAUUUCUGGAUGUUUGGGUGACCAACAUGCAGCAAUGCUGGGGCAGGCUUGCCGGAGAGGUGAGGCUAAGAGCACUUAUGGAACUGGUGCUUUCAUACUGCUCAACACGGGUGAAGAGAUAACUCAGUCGAAGCAUGGGCUUCUGACCACUUUAGCAUUCAAGCUUGGCCCUAAAGCUCCUACAAAUUAUGCUCUGGAGGGAUCAAUUGCUAUUGCUGGAGCUGCAGUUCAGUGGCUUAGAGACAGUCUUGGAGUUAUUAAAACUGCAAGUGAGAUCGAGGGAUUGGCAUCAGAGGUUGAGUCCACCGGUGGGGUUUAUUUUGUGCCUGCGUUUAAUGGACUAUUUGCUCCUUGGUGGCGUGAUGAUGCUCGUGGAGUUUGUAUUGGAAUCACAAGGUUUACAGGCAAGGCUCACAUUGCUCGAGCUGUGCUUGAGAGCAUGUGUUUCCAAGUCAAAGAUGUGUUGGAUUCAAUGCACAAGGAUGCAGGAGAGAAGGGAGAGGUUAAGAAUGACAAUGGGGAAUUUGUGCUUAGGGUGGAUGGUGGUGCUACUGUUAACAAUCUUUUGAUGCAGAUACAGGCGGACUUGUUGGGAAGCCCAGUGGUGAGGCCGGCUGACAUAGAAACAACCGCUCUUGGAGCAGCUUAUGCUGCUGGAUUAGCAGUUGGGGUUUGGACGGAAGAUGAUAUUUUUGCUGAAAAGGUUGAAAGUGCUACCAUUUUCAAUCCUAUAUUAGACGAGAAGUCAAGGAAGAAAAAGCUCGAUUCUUGGUGCAAAGCUGUUUCCAGAACUUUUGACUUGGCUGAUCUUUCCCUUUGAUAUACUUGUGUCAACUUGGUUCCAGUACUCCACAUCUUUUUAUUUUUAUUCUUAAAAUUCUGGGAUAGUGGUGACAAUGGUUUUCUAUAGAUCUCUGUGAACGAUAAACACCAGAAUGUAUUGCAGCGAAUGAUGAUUUAAUAAAUGCUGAUAUCUGACCAUUGUAACUUCA